AUGAAGAUAGCAAUAAUCGGUGCUGGCCUCAGUGGCUGCGCUGCCUAUCUCGCCUUGAAAAAGCGACUCCCGGUCCUUGAGUCUGAAGGCGAACAUGAAUAUACCAUUUACGAGGCAUACGAGACCUCCGCAACGUCUCCGCAAAACUACGAUGGCAAAACCCAUUCUGCAAGCUUUGUCGUCGGUGCUGGGCUCGCCAUUGGCCCAAACGGUUUAGGCUGCGUCAAACGACUGGACGAAGAUAUAUUUCACAAUAUCGCUAAAACAGGAUACCCCUACGCAUAUCAGCAGAUGAAAAGCUCCCAGGGAUGGAAUCUCAUGAGAAUGGAGGCCACUGGUUCGGAACCUAAGAUCAAUUCUGUCUCGCUGAGCCGUCAUGCCCUAUGGCGUUGUUUUCGGGAUCGCGUACCUGAUGACAUCGUCGUCAAUAAACGGGUAUCCGCAGUUGUUGCAAACUUAGAUGGACGUAAUGUUAUCAAGUUUGCCGACGGCAGUCCGGAUGCGGAAGCGGAUCUCGUCUUGGGAGCAGACGGCCUGAAGAGCAUAACCAAGUCUGCUCUGUUUCCGGAGGAUAAGAAGGACAGGUAUCCGCCACAUUACGAGGGAGUCAUAGGCGUUGGCGGAUUCGUUCCAGCCCACGAACUCCAUGAGCUAAUGGAGCCCGGAAUCAUGAACUUGGUCUUUGGCGGAAAUGGAUUUUUCGGCUACUGCUAUACAAACAGUGACGAGAACGAGACAAAUCGUCACAUACCCCAAGGCGUACUGAAGCCAGGCAACUCAGUCAUGUGGUGGUCUACAUACGAAAUCAAAGAAUGUCCCGACACAAAAUCCAUCGAUAUGGCGGUUGUGCUUAAGGAUGUGAAAACAAGACAUGGAUCAUGGAAGAGUCCCGUUGUCCAGAAGAUACUUGCCAUGGCUGAAAUACAGAAUAUGUAUCCUGUAUGGACUACGCCGCCGUUGCCAACGUGGGAGAGACAUGGGGUUGUUCUGAUUGGGGAUGCAGCUCAUGCUCUACCGCCUACCUCCGGACAAGGAGUAUCGCAGGCUAUGGAGGACGUAGAGUGUUUCUCGAUGCUGCUAGCACAUAGCUUAAACAAGGCAGGACAAUCUUUGGAGGAGAGCGAAGUCCAAUCCCGAAAGACGAGUAUUUCCUGGGCUGCGAAGAAGUUCAUGGAAAUAAGAAUGCCUCGAGUGAAAGCUAUUAUUGACCGAACACGGCAAUUCCAGAACAAGAAGCGUGACCUCUCUCUUUUCCAGGAGUGGUUUAUGUAUCUGAUGCUCUUCAUUAUGAACUUCCUUCCGGCGCCGGCGUGGAUGAAGGAGGUGUUCUCGUAUAAUAUUGCAGAUGAAACACGCAAGGUUUUUGACAAGGAGGCAUGA